AUGAAUCUUCUCGGUCAAAAGGUGGCGUCCGUUAGGCCUUUGAAAGAUGCAAAAGCUGUGGACAUGGGGGCUAAUUUCCUUGGCGAAACACUGGUAUUUGGUGUUGCUGCCGGAUUGAUCAUAUUUGAGCAAAGAAGAUCCUACAAGUCUAACAAAGAUAAAUAUGAGGAUUGUAUGAACUCGACCGAGGAGUUGAAAAAGGGUAUGGAACUAUUGCAAAAAGAAAUAGAACAAUUACGUGAGGAAAGACGGGAAGAACUCGUCCGGCUGCAAAAUGACUUGGAGAAAAUACGCGCGAAAAAUUAA